AUGCCAAUCGUAUAUACACCUACAGUAGGGCUUGCAUGCCAGAAGUUCGGCGCCAUUUAUCGUCAUCCAAAGGGCAUUUACAUCACCAUCCAUGACAACAGCAUCAGCAGAAUUUAUCAUAUACUGAGCAAUUGGAAAGAGCGUGUCGUUAAAGUUAUUGUGGUCACUGAUGGAGAACGUAUUCUGGGACUGGGAGAUCUAGGAGCCCAAGGAAUGGGUAUACCAGUGGGGAAACUUUCACUUUACGUAGCGCUGGCGGGUGUCCGGCCUGAACAUUGUCUUCCAGUUCUCAUUGACGUUGGCACCAACAAUAAGCAACUACUCGAAGAUCCACUAUACAUCGGCCUUCGACGUAAUCGUGUUCGCGGGGACGAAUAUGACCAGCUGAUUGAUAAUUUUAUGAAAGCCGUCGUGAAAAAAUUCGGUCGCCACACCUUGAUACAGUUCGAAGAUUUUGCAUUUGCGAACGCCUUCAAGUUGUUGGACAGAUAUCGGGAACAAUACUGUACCUUCAAUGACGAUAUUCAAGGAACGGCAGCAGUGAUAGUUGCUGGUUUACUUGCAACAACUCGAGUUACGAAGAAGAAGCUCUGCGAGCAAAAGUUCCUCUUUCACGGAGCUGGAGCGGCAGGUUUGGGCAUCGCUGAGCUGAUGGUAAUGCAGAUGAUCGCAGAAGGUGCAACAAAGGAGCAAGCAUGCGACAACAUUUUUAUGAUUGAUAUCGAUGGUUUGGUUACAAAGAAAAGAGCACAAAACAUGACUGAACGUCAUCGUCUUUACGCUAAAGAGUUACCGGAGUCGAAAAGCCUCUUCGAGAUUGUGAAAACAAUUAAACCGAAUGGAAUAAUUGGUGUGUCAACUCAAGGAGGAGCAUUUACCGCAGAGAUCAUAAAAGAAAUGGCUACCAUCAAUGAACGUCCAAUCAUUUUCCCUCUAUCCAAUCCCACCCAAAAAGCUGAAUGUACAGCUGAAGAAGCAAUUAAAGGGACUGAUGGUAGAGUUCUGUUCGCCUCCGGUUCGCCAUUCGACGACGUUGAAUAUAAGGGAAAGCUCUUCAAACCCGGUCAAGGAAACAACUCGUACAUUUUCCCUGGAGUUGGUUUAGCUGCCGUGGUUUGGAAAGCAAAGAAAAUUCCGCAAAUGUCAUUCCUUAUUGCUGCCAGGUCGUGUGCAAGUAUGGUGACGGAAAAGGCGCUGAACGAAUAUGUCAGGCUUUACCCAAGACUGCAGGAUAUUAGAGAGCUGUCUGUUAGGAUCGCCAUUGAUGUUGGUGAGUACUUCUUCAACGAGAAUCUCUCAGCAGUCCAUCCGAAGCCGGAGGAUCUGGAGAUGUAUAUACGCCAUCAACUGUACGACACCUCAUACGACGAUCUUCUAAGUAAAGAAUGGGAAUGGCCCGCUGACGACUGUAAGGCGGGUAAACACUCGAUCGAAAUGCUCACUUUACUGAGACACAGUCGUUUGGAUGAGGCUCUUGGUUGCAUCGCUCUUUAUUUAUGCCUAUUCAGUACUUGGUCUCUUACUCGUACUAUCCACUCGUCGGUAGCCGUCUUUGCCAAGCAGUACGAACCAGAUCUGGAUGAUCCGCAGAAACUUGCCCUUCAUAAGUUAUAUAGACCGGAACGAGUUACCCCAAGCGAAAGGGGAUAUCAACUUCUCAACACUUCUCGACUCAACAAGGGUAUGGCAUUCUCGUUAAGUGAACGCCAGUACCUUGGAAUUCAUGGACUUCUGCCGCCAGCGUUCAUGACACAAGAUCAACAGGCAUAUCGUGUGAUGAAAAGAAUUCGGGAAGAGCCGGACAACUUGGGAAAGUACAUCAUAUUGGAUGAACUGCAAUGUCGAACUGAGAAGCUGUUUUAUCGCGUUUUGUGUGAGAACGUUAAGGAAUUGAUGCCCAUCGUCUAUACUCCCACAGUCGGUUUGGCUUGCCAAAAGUUUGGAUAUAUUUAUCGGCACCCGAAAGGGCUAUACAUAACUAUCAAUGACAACAGUAUAAGUAAAAUUUAUCAGAUUUUAUCUAACUGGCCAGUAUCGGAUGUGCAGGCUAUCGUGGUAACUGAUGGUGAACGAAUUCUUGGACUUGGUGAUCUUGGCGCUUGUGGCAUGGGAAUUCCUGUUGGUAAACUAGGCCUGUACGUCGCUUUGGGUGGAAUCCAGCCCAAGUGGUGUCUACCGGUGGUCUUAGACGUCGGCACAAAUAAUCAGAAGUUGUUGGAUGAUCCUUUGUACAUUGGUCUUCGGCGCAGAAGGGUGCGUGGACCAGAGUACGAUCGUUUACUCGAUAAUUUCAUGAAGGCAGUAACCAAGAGAUUUGGCCGUGAUACGUUGAUCCAGUUUGAAGAUUUCGCUUUCCAAAAUGCUUACACCUUACUAGAUAGAUACAAAAACGAAUAUUGUACAUUCAACGAUGAUAUUCAGGGGACCGCGGCUGUGGUUGUAGCUGGUUUAUUAGCGACAACUCGUGUGACCAAAAUGAAAUUAUCGCAACAGAAGAUAGUAUUUCUCGGAGCUGGUGCGGCUGGAUUGGGAAUAGCAGAAUUGUGUGUGGAUCAGAUGGUCGACGAAGGAUUGUCCAGAGAGGCAGCGCGUGGCAAUAUUUUCUUGUUGAACAGCAAAGGGCUCAUUACCAAGGAACGAUGUCGCAAAGAAGAGAGGCUUACUGCCCGUCAUGAACAAUUUGCAAAGGAUCUUCCGGAAACGGCAAGUCUCUUGGAAGUGAUCAAAAUGGUGAAGCCUCAUGCUCUGAUGGGUAUCUCAACGCUAGGCGGCGCUUUUACGCCUGAAAUUAUCAAAGAAAUGGCCAAAAUCAACCCUCGUCCGAUCAUUUUUGCCCUUUCAAAUCCCACAAUCAAAGCGGAGUGUACUGCUGAGGACGCCUACCAGUACACGAAUGGCUCUGUACUGUUCGCGUCUGGUUCUCCAUUCGACAAUGUGGAACUGAAUGGAAAGCUUUAUAAACCUGGUCAAGGCAACAACUCAUACAUCUUCCCCGGUGUGGCGUUGGCUGCGGUACUGUUUAAAGCAAAACGCAUCCCUGAUAAAGCGUUCCUCAUCGCGGCUAGGCGAGUUGCCGCAUCUGUUAGUGAAAAGUCGCUAAAUGAAUAUGCUCGACUCUACCCACGGCUUAGGGACAUACGUGAGCUGUCUGUCAAUAUUGCACUUGAUAUUGGCAAUCAUCUAUAUGAAAAUGAUCUCGCCACACUUCAUCCUGAACCUGAGGAUAAAGAGAUGUUCAUCCGUCAGCAAAUUUAUAGCUAUGAAUAUGAACCAUCAAUCAAUGAUUUGUAUGACUGGCCACAGAAAGACAGUCGUCAUGGUUUCCCGGUGCCAGUACUUCCUCGAACGUCAAUGGAUGACGAGUGA